AUGCUUGAAUAUGCAAACAUUCUCUAUAUUAGCUUGAAAUGUCUUUCGGAGAGUCAAUCGAAUGAAAAAACACCUUUGGAUGUGAUACAGAGCGUAGAAUAUUUCAUUCUGAGUAUUCGAUUACAAUCUAAAAUAUCUAUAGAUUUACAAACAUCAUUUAGAAAAUCUAUCCGAAAACAUAAACAAUUAUCAAAUGCUAUUCUCUAA